AUGAAGUCCAUUGUCAGAUCAAACGCGUUUGCGUUUCUAACGGAUACUACAAAACUGAGACGUUAUUUAUGCUCUCAUCAUUUGAUAAACCACUCGGACCAUGCAUCGAUGGAGCUGCAGGAGGUUAUUCGGAUUGUUUCUUCCCCCUUUGGUGGUCUAGAUGACCUUGAAGAAAACUUGAACAAGGUUUCGGUUUCUUCAUCACCCAACCUCGUUAGCCAAGUGAUCGAGUCUUGCAAGAACGAGACUUCACCGAGAAGACUAUUGAGAUUUUUCUCCUGGUCUUGUAAAAACAUGGGACCUAGCUUAGAAGACAAGGAAUUCAACCAUGUCCUAAGAGUUUUAGCUGAGAAGAAAGAUCACACAGCUAUUCAGAUACUCUUAUCAGAUCUCAGGAAGGAGAAUCGUGCCAUGGAGAAACAAACGUUUAGCCUUGUAGCUGAAACUCUGGUCAAGAUUGGUAAGGAAGAAGAUGCAAUAGGUAUAUUCAAGAUCUUGGACAAGUUUUCUUGCCCACAAGAUAGUUUCACUGUGACAGCUAUCAUAAGCGCACUCUGCUCCAGAGGACAUGUCAAAAGAGCGUUGGGAGUUAUGCAUCAUCACAAGGAUGUGAUCUCAGGGAACGAAUUGUCUGUGUACAGAAGUCUUUUAUUCGGUUGGUCGGUCCAAAGAAACGUCAAGGAAGCAAGAAGAGUAAUACAGGAUAUGAAAUCAGCCGGGAUCGCACCGGACUUGUUCUGUUACAACACGAUGCUUACUUGCCUCUGCGAGAGAAACGUCACUCGAAACCCUUCCGGUCUCGUCCCUGAUGCUUUGAACGUUAUGAUGGAGAUGAGGUCUUACAAGAUCCAACCUACGUCUAUGAGCUACAACGUGUUGCUCUCUUGCUUGGGAAGGACGAGGAGGGUGAAGGAGUCUUGCCAGGUUCUUGAACAGAUGAAGAGAUCGGGAUGUGAUCCCGAUGCAGCGAGCUAUUACUUUGUUGUGAGAGUUUUGUAUUUGACGGGAAGGUUUGGUAAAGGGAACCAAACUGUGGAUGAGAUGAUCGAGAGAGGACUGAGACCUGACCGGAAGUUCUAUUAUGAUCUCAUUGGAGUUCUUUGUGGGGUCAAGCGUGUGAAUUUCGCGCUUCAGUUGUUUGAUAAGAUGAAGAGAAGCGCUGUGGGUGGUUAUGGUCCGGUUUAUGAUAUGCUUAUAGCGAAACUAUGUAAAGGAGGAGAGUUUGAGAAAGGGAAAGAGCUUUGGGAAGAGGCAAUGUCUCUCGGUGUUACGCUUACUUGCUCUGCUGGUUUGCUUGAUCCUUCGGUUACAGAGGUUUUUAAACCGGUGAAGAAGAAAGAAGAGGCUGUGAUGGUGGAUCGUCGUGCGCUUAACUUGAAGAUUCAUGCUAGGAUGAACAAAACGAAGCCGAAACUGAAACCGAAACGGAAUCGCAGGAGCAAGACGAAGAAGAAUAUGCAGCGGUGA